AUGCCGGCGAUAUGCUUUUCUUCCCCCUUCAACGGUGGCACGCGGGGGAAUCCGGCGUUGUCUAUCACCGCCUUCAAGGUGCGCGAAAAGUACGAGGCGGGCAUGCGCCUGUUACAAGAGGGACUCGUCUACGAGGCAAUUCAACUCUUCCAGGAAGCGUCCUUCUUCGAUGUCGAAAACGUACGGCCCAUCGUUGCGCUCGCUGAGUGCUACGUCUUCCUCUGUGACCUGCGGUCCGCCAUUCGCUGUUACUGGCGGGCACUGUGGUCGCUGGACAAGAAAGAGAUGGAUGACUACUGCUGCCGCGCUAACGGAAUCCACACAGACACUGACGACAGGGUCUCUGCUGCAGACAACCGUCGCUCUGACGCGUCAAACUCACCGGCAGGCGAGUGGCUGAAAAGUGGGGAGGAAACGCUUUUCUCUGCCCUUCCAGAUGGUAGUCAGGGGACACACGAAUAUGAUUUCGAGGCGGCGCAGAAAGCCACGCCUGCAUCCUUCACGGCUGUCGAAGACCACAGCCCGUCGGACCCCUCUACCCCCUACGUUGCAGGCGGUAUACACUCGGUGGAGAGGGCAGCGUGCUUCUCCGAGCCCCGGCGACCUCUGGCGAAAUCAGUGGAGGCAGCGGCGCACGCGGGGCCAUCGCUGGCACCGCGUUCACCAGCACCGCGUGCGGAGCUCACUGUGAAGGACAUACGCGCGCGCCUUGCGGGAGUGCUGGACGCCUUAGGACUCUCUCUGUAUCGGGUAGGCAGCGUCGAGCAAGCUCUCCGGUGCACCACCGAGGCCCUGGAACUGCUGGACGAUGCCGCACGGGCGGGCGAGGGCGGAAGAAACGACAUGUACGUGAGCAAGUCGUCGCAGCUACUGACCGACCCGACAAUUUCGCUGCAUCGCGGCGUGUACCUUAUGGCGCUGCAGCGCGAUGAAGAGGCGGAGGUGCUGCUCGAGGCGCACUUCGCCGUCUUUCUACAGUGGCGUCCGCAGGCGGCGGCGCUUCUGGUUCAGCUCUACUGCAACCGCCAAGCUUUCCGCAAGGCGCGAAUGCUGCUAGAGGUGCAGGAGAAGGCGGACUCGGGUAACCCCGACUCCAGCAAGACCCCGACCGAAGUCCACGGCAACCUCGAUGAGGUGCUGCGUAGUGGACGAGGGGACACCGUGUCCCCGUCACCGCCCAGCGCAGCCGUGCCGGAGUCGCUGGCGGUUGCCAAGUACCUAUUCACCGAGCUGUACGCGCGGUACCGCACGGCAGCCUUCGCGAGCAACAAUGAGGCCAGCAUCACCCGCUGCCUCGGCAUUUACCCGAAUGACAUUGACCUGCUGUUCCGCCGAGCCCAGCUGAACCUUUCGGCGGGGAAGCACAAGCAGAGUGUCAAGGAUCUGUUCCGUUGCGUGCGAGAGACGAACGGUGAACACAAGGAGGCCAUGGAGGCCAUGACGAAGGUGCUCUUCACGAUCGGCUUGUCCUUGAACGGCGAGGCCGAAAUGCAGGACGCCGUCACCUACUACUCUGAGUCGCUCAAGUGGCGACCAGACAACGUGCUGGUGCUGCUGGCGCGUGGCGACUGCUAUACCAAAAUGGAGUCCUUUGAGGAGGCGCUCGCUGACUAUGAGUCGGUCUUGUGCUUUGCGCCAGGCCAGCGUGAUGCGCGGCAGCGAAUCGCCUCGCUACACGACUUGUGGGGUCGGAAGCUUUUCUCCCAGGGCCAGCCAGAGCAGGCAGAAGCGGAGUUCACCAAUGCUAUCAAGACGGACGGCCAAAACCCGCAGUUUUACUAUCACCGUGCCCUGUGCCGCCUCAAGCUCGAUCAGGGCCGCUAUGCCUUGCGCGACGUACUUUCCUGCAAGGAGCUUCACCCUUGUGCACCGCACCUUUGCGCCUUCAUUGCGCGGUACCUGGAGCUGGUGCAGCCGCCUGAGGCUAGCCAACGCGGCAACACCUCUCGGACGUCCGCUAGGCAAGUUGUUGCGGGUCCUGUGCGCGCUGCACUGCCACCGCCGCACCGAGGUACUCGCGCGGCUCAUACGCCACCGGCACUACGUGAUCGUGGCGGGCCUCCUGCGUUGCAGCGGAUGCAUGACCGGAACACUGACGACACGCCAUUUCACUCCGCCAACGGUGGCCCCUCGACAGCGACUUCGGUCCUUCCCAGGAUCAAGCGCCAGGUACCGAAGCAGAAACGCGCUGAACUCGAAGGGUGGGUGCGAGGGUGCCGAACGACGCUUCACCAACGCGAAACAGGGGCACCUGCUCCCGUGAAAUAG